CGCCGGGCCGGAGCGGGCCGCGCUAAGGAGCGGCCACACCGGGCGAUGAGAUGACAAUGUCCACCCUGCAGAAAGCCAUCGACCUGGUCACCAAAGCCACCGAGGAGGACAAGGCCAAGAACUAUGAGGAGGCACUGCGUCUGUACCAGCAUGCUGUCGAGUACUUCCUGCACGCCAUCAAAUAUGAGGCUCACAGCGACAAGGCAAAGGAGAGCAUCCGGGCCAAGUGUGUGCAGUACCUGGACCGGGCAGAGAAACUGAAGGAGUAUCUGCGCAGCAAGGACAAGCAGGGCAAGAAACCUGUCAAAGAGUCACAGAAUGACAACAAGGGGAGCGACAGUGAUAGUGAGGGCGAGAACCCCGAGAAGAAGAAGCUGCAGGAGCAGCUGAUGGGUGCCAUCAUGAUGGAGAAGCCCAACGUGCGGUGGAGUGAUGUGGCUGGCCUGGAGGGAGCCAAGGAAGCCCUGAAGGAAGCCGUGAUCCUGCCCAUCAAGUUUCCACACUUGUUUACUGGGAAGCGCACACCUUGGCGAGGGAUCCUGCUCUUUGGGCCGCCUGGCACUGGCAAGUCCUAUUUGGCUAAGGCUGUGGCCACCGAGGCAAACAACUCCACCUUCUUCUCUGUAUCAUCCUCCGACCUGAUGUCAAAGUGGCUGGGAGAAAGCGAGAAGCUGGUGAAGAAUCUCUUUGAGCUGGCAAGGCAGCACAAACCCUCCAUCAUCUUCAUCGAUGAGGUGGACUCACUCUGUGGCUCCCGCAAUGAGAAUGAGAGCGAGGCAGCAAGGCGCAUCAAGACUGAGUUCCUGGUGCAGAUGCAGGGUGUGGGCAACAGCAGCGAUGGGAUCCUGGUGCUGGGUGCCACCAAUAUCCCCUGGGUGCUGGACUCGGCCAUCAGGAGACGGUUUGAGAAGCGGAUCUACAUCCCCCUGCCUGAGGAGGCUGCCCGCGCCCAGAUGUUCAGGCUGCAUCUGGGCAACACCCCACACAGCCUGACCAACGACGAUAUCCAGGAGCUGGCCCGCAAGACUGAUGGCUACUCGGGGGCUGACAUCAGCAUCAUCGUGCGGGAUGCUCUCAUGCAGCCUGUCCGCAAGGUGCAGUCAGCCACCCACUUCAAAAAGGUCCGUGGUCCAUCCCGCACCACCCCGGGUGCUUCUGUGGACGACCUCCUGACACCAUGCUCGCCUGGUGACCCUGGUGCCAUUGAGAUGACCUGGAUGGAUGUGCCCAGCGACAAGCUGCUGGAGCCCACUGUCUGCAAGUCAGACAUGCUGCGCUCUCUGGCUACCACCCGCCCCACUGUCAACACUGAGGAUCUGCUGAGGGUGAAGAAAUUCACGGAGGAUUUUGGACAGGAAGGUUAAGGAGUGUGUGGGGGGGGGCAGGUGUGAGGUUGAGGCAGCUGCAUGGCAGAGCCUCCCUUCACAUUCCCCUCCCUGUGCUGGCUGUGCCAAACAGGUUCAUCUUGCGCUCACUCUCACCCCAUCGCACUGCAGCACCCUGCAGCGGGGUCAUGGGGAGCACAGCCUGGGGGAAGAGGCUGAC